UUGACAGCCGUCAGAAACGAAAUUUCGGAGAAAAAUAGUCCGUCGGUUCGAAUCUGUCGCGGGUUAAAUUCGAUUUUCUCUGUUAGAAAUCGCUUCCCACGGGCUGAAAAUAGUGUGAAAAGUUGUCCGCGAGUGUUUUCUACCGAAUGCGAUAGUUUUUCGACCCAAUCGAAUCGGGCCCGGUGGUGUAAAUUCAUUUUUCGGGUGCAAGGAUUCUGGCCAUUACCGACGGCUGCUGUUUUUCCUUGUGUGCUUGUGUUGCUGGAAGUUUGUGGAAGGGGUUUGAAGUAACUUUCAUAAGGAAACCCAUUCGCAAGAAGUAAAAUGAAACGCAAAUCGGGGAACGAUUUGACGACACAGACGCUCCUUGAUUUUGAUUUGGGCGAAAGUUCGUCGGAUUCGGACUUCCGUAUCGAAGAUCACGAUGAUGAUAGCGAUGACUUCUCGGCCGGCAGUAAAGACGAAGAGGACGGAGAUGGCGAUGGGGAUGAUGAUGAUGAUGACGACGAUGACGAGGACGACGAUGAUGAUAACGAUGGGGACGAUGAUGAGGAAGAUGGCACGGAUAGUGGAACGACCGGAAGCGGAUCUAAGGGUGCAGUUAAGAUAACGGAAACACUGGAAAAGCCUAUGAAUUUUGAAGAGAUUUUCAAGAAUGCUACCAAGGGAGUGGAUAAGGCAACGUUGAAAUUGAUGGGCACACCGAUUUGUUGCGCUUGUUUAGGGGAUCGAAGCGAUGACCAGAACGAGAUUGUGGAAUGCGAUGGGUGUGGAGUGACGGUGCAUGAAGGAUGUUAUGGAGUUAGCGAGAGCACCAGCGUUAGCAGCACAAUUUCGUCUUGCUCGACUGAGCCAUGGUUUUGUGAAGCCUGUAAGGCUGGGGUAAUGCAACCAGAUUGUGAGCUGUGCCCCAAUAGGGGAGGUAUUUUCAAGGAAACAGAUGUUGGCAAAUGGGUACAUCUGGUGUGUGCGCUGUACGUUCCAGGGGUGGCAUUUGGCGAGGUUGAUCAGUUGUCAUCGGUGACCUUGUUCGAAAUGCCUUACAACAAAUGGGGGGCCAAAACGUGUAGCUUAUGUGACGAUGCCAAGUAUGCUCGGACUGGAGUUUGUAUCGGGUGCGAUGCUGGCAUGUGUAAGACCUACUUUCACGUUACCUGUGCCCAAUACGCGGGUCUGUUAUCCGAGGCACAUUCGGAAGAAGCAGACCAAGCCGAUCCUUUCUAUGCGCACUGCAAAAUUCAUUCCGAUAAAACAUUGAUCAAACAUAGGAAACGCAACUACAAUGCCAUCAAACUGAAAGCAUUCAAUCGAAAGUUAGAAAAAGAAGCGAAGCGCUUGGAAAAACCAUCUCCCGAGCAAGUCCGCAUUGAGAGGAAGUUGGCCAAGCACCGGAAGAAGUACGUUACUCAUAAGGAAACGAAGAAUCCACCAUGGGUCCCAACACAGAAAAUGCCAAGGCUUUUGACGACUAGUGCUUCGGCAUGUAAAAAAUUACUUCUUAAAGCAGAAUUGAUGGGCAUAGACACGGCUGCGAUGGAAUUUCAGGAAGCGCAGAUGGCAGCCCUGGCGGAUGUUCGCAAAAAAUGGCACAUUCCACCUGCUUUCAGUGUAGAGUUUAUCGGAUAUUAUUUGGAUCGAUCUCUCAGGUUAAAAGAAAUCAAGAAAACACUUCAAGAACAAGUUAUUUCAAACAAGAAAUUACUAGACGAACAACAACGCUUACGGGAUCGUUACGAUUCCGCUAUGAAAACCAAUCAAGAUGCUUUGAAACAGAACGAUGAUUUGAAGGACGCUAUAAAACAGUUGUACGACGAUAUUCAUGCGUUGUGCCCUAACAAAGCCUUGAUACCGGUCGAGCAAAUUGGAAAGCCACCCUCUGUACCACCAAUACAGAAUCCCAGUGUUGUUAUCAAUACGCCCAGCUCAACGCCACCUGCCAGGACCAUAACCGUGCCCACGGCUGCAGCUCUUAAAAUGGGAGUAGGAUUCCCCUUACAGAAUCUCAUCGCUCCCGGGAAAAGGGACGAUACAGGUCGUAUCCUUAGCACUCAAUGCAAGCAAAACAGCGAAGAGCUGCUGAAUGAAUGUGGAAUUUGUAAACGUUGUUCCGAUCAACAUUUGCUGGCCAAAUGUGAUACCUGUCACCUGUAUUAUCAUCUAGGUUGCUUAAACCCGCCACUAACUCGUCAUCCAAAAAAAUCCAAACUUUACGGAUGGCAGUGUUCCGAAUGCGACAAAUCCGAUGAUUCUGGCCCUGAAAACGUUAUACUCCCAAAGGCUCCACGAAAGUCACGUACUCGCUAUAGCAAAGAUGGUAUCAUUAUUCCGUACGAUAUUCCAUCGUCGGAUUUUGAAAAGUCCCCAGAAAAUCCUCCCCCAGCACCACGUCGUGGGCGUAAGAGUGGUAAUUCUGGUUCCACAGAUACUCCAACCAAAAGCGGUAUGGAUACAAAUGGUAUUGAAACAAAGGAUAUGAUUCUGGAAAUUCCCAAGAUUGACCACGAAUUGGCAGAGAAAAUGAGCUCUGGAGACACAUCCGUUGAAGUGACUCCGAAAGCCCCGAACAAAAGAGGCCGUAAAAAGAAAACAACAGACACAACGGUCCCUCCGGAGCCUGCUCUGAAAGCAGAUAUUAAAAAAGAGGAGCCGGAGAAGGAAGCAAAGGAAGAGCUCGUGGAGGCUAAAAAGAAAAAGAAAAAUUUACCAGAGACAAAAUCAGUGGAAUCAGUUUUAGAGGACGAUAAAAAUGCUUCAAAACUCAAAACUGUAACGUCAGUGCCGUCGCUUACAUCUGGGACGGAAUCAUCGUCAACUGCCACUACUGCUAGCAGUUCUACGGAAUCCCUCCAAUCGACGGAAUCGGCAGCGAUAACAAAAAGCAGCGGUGAAACAAGUCUUGUCCCUAUUGACACGCCAGAGGCAUCAACCAGCUCAGGAGGACCCACCGUAACCGGUUCAUCACACAAGCAUAGCAAACGAAAAAAGGAAAAGCACCGGAACCGGUCCCCGCACAACCCGGAAGAUGGUUCCCCUGCCAAAGAGCACAAACGCAAGCGGAAGCGAAAGAAUCACGAUAUGGAGAACCCAAACGACACACCCGGUGGUAGUAGCUCCGGUACCUUUGCCGGAGAUGAUAACCGUCCCAGGAUCAAGAUUAAGAUCAAAUCAGUUGGGUCGGAUGGUUCCAACACGCAUACGAUCUUUUUCGUUCCCAACGAUAGUAUUGAGCCUCCCCGCCAAACAGUCGGCUGCGAAGGCGUAGCGACAAGCACUCCGGUCAGCUCCCCAGCAACGGGACUAACAAAAGCAAAUCCACCCCUUAAAGCAUCCACAUCGGCACCCUCACUUACUGCAUUGAAAUCUCCGGUAGCAGCACCGGGUCUGCUGCCACCAGCACCAUCACCAAAAGCAGCUCAGGUAGCAAGCUCGGCAUCGGUUCCAAGCAUGCCCACCACGCCACAAUUCCCUGCCGCCAAGUCAGCCGCUGUCGGUUCCAUUCGAAAUCGGGGCCGACGAAUGAGCAUCGCUGUGCGACCUAGCCGGGGUUCCAUGAACUCGUCGACGGGAUCGAUUACCAACAGUUCCCAGGCUGCUGCUGGAGAAACAUUGUGCGAUGUGUGCAACAUCAUUGGUCCUACAAGCAAUAUAGUUCAGUGUGAUGAAUGUCGGAAGAACUAUCACUUCGGUUGUUUGGAUCCACCGCUGAAGAAGACUCCGAAAAAACGCGGAUACUCGUGGCACUGUGCAGAUUGUGAUCCAACGGAUGUCGAGAACAACUGAGAGCUCGACGGCCGGAGAGUCUCCGCAGCAUCAUCAAGUGGUGGUCACAGUGAAACCAAAUGUACCGUUUGCAGGCAUUGCUAAGAUAUGUUUUUCAAGUGGCUCGGGCAUCAUGAUCCUGUUAUUGGCGAAUUGUGUUUAGUCAUUCAUUCAUAAACAUAAGAAAAGGCGAAACAAAAAAAAAAUCGGAUUUUUCCUGCCAGGGCAGAGCAUUCUUUAUUGUACAGAAAAAAGGAAAAAGUCUCCAUCUCUGAACUAGAAAAAAGAUUUUUAGAUAUUCCAAAACUCAUUCAACGAUAAACCUAGCAUGUUUUGGGAUAUGGAAUUACAAAACACGCAUUUAAUCACUGUGAAUAAUUUUAUAUGACAAAAAAUAAACCUUAAAAAUCACUCCAAUCCUGAUGACUUUCGGAUAAAACAGUAUAUGAACAAAUAAUUUGUCUCAAAU